AUGGCGGCUUCCAUAGAGAGCUUACUGGAGGAAAUCUCCGGUGUUGAUGAUCCAACAGAGGAGCUGCAGAGUUUAAAAACAGCUUUACUGUCGAUUCCUGUCAGCGCGUUGAGAGACUCAGUGAGCGGGCAGCGUUUCAAUGUGAUCUUCUCUUUGCUGAACUCUAAUGACAGGGAGCAGGUUAAACUGUGUGUGGACAUCCUUGAACGCAUCUUAGUGGCCCUCAGCCCUGUGUCGCUGGCCCAGAACUACAGAGCGGAGCUUAAGGGGGGUCUGAUUCAUCCCAAUGAAGCAGUUAAGAUCCUGGCUUUGACACAGAUUGGGAGAAUGGUGGAGCACCCUGACGCAGCCACUGAAGUCCUCAACAACCACGACAUUCUUGAAGGGGUGAUCCGCUGCAUUGGAGAGGAGAAGAUGGCUGUGGCAAAGCAGGCCAUCCAGUCCCUGUCGAAACUGAGUCACUCCAAGCCGGGGUUAGACAAACUGUUCCAGAGCGACCUGCUGACGGUUAUGAAGGACGUGAUGGCCAUAAGUGACAUUAUCAGAUACAGAAUGUAUGAGCUGGUGGUGGAAAUCUCAUCUGUGUCUCCCAUUUCCCUCGGUUACUGUGCCAACAGCAGCUUCAUUUCUCAGCUGCUCGGAGAACUGACAGGAGAUGAUGUUUUGAUCAGAGCCACAGCCAUUGAGAUGGUGACCACUUUAGCGCACAGUCAACAUGGCCGGCAGUAUUUGGCCCAGCAGGGAAUAAUGGACAAGAUCUCAAACAUGAUCAGAGGAGCAGAGACCGACCCUUUCUCCUCCCUCUACCUUCCUGGUUUGGUGAAGUUCUUUGGAAACCUGGCCAUUAUGGACAGCCCUCAGCAGGUUUGUGAAAACUACCCGGCCUUCCAGAACAAGGUGUUUGAGAUGGCUUUGGACCCGGACCCUGCAAUGAUCGGCGUGGCUCUGGACACUUUGGGGUUACUCGGUUCUACUGUGGAGGGGAAGCAAGUCUUUCAGAAAACAGGAGAAAAGUUCAAGGCUGUGCUGUUGAGAAUGAGCCAGCUUGCCAGCUCUGGAGCUACAGAGCUCAGGGUGCGCAGCUUGGACGCCAUAUCUCAACUUCUCACUCUACAGCCAGAGCAGCAGACAGACGACCUCUUGGCUCUGACCGAGUCCUGGUUCCACCUUUUGUCUAACCAGCCCAUGGACAUGAUCAGCAACAUCAGCACUCAGCCGUUCCCAGAGCUGCAUUGUGGGGCUCUGCGGAUAUUCACAGCAAUUGCCUCUCAGCCGUGGGGCCAGAAGUUAAUGAUCAGCACUCCCAGUUUCAUGGAGUUCAUUCUGGAUCGUUCGACGGGUCAAACAAAAGAGGCCAAAGAUGCUAAGUUUGAACUGGUUGGAUCACUUGUGUGUUCGUCUACAGCGGCAGAGAUACUGGGCAGCCAGAACUACAUCCGCCUGAAGACGUAUCUCAGAGAGGGACCUUACUAUGUGUCAGCCGUGGCCUCAGUCAGCACAGAAGGAGCUGACUGAUUUAAACAAACUCAGAUACACUUUAUAAGUUUCUGGUUAAUGCUUAAGUAACGGGUAAGUGUCUGAAUAAUCUAACUGUGGGUUAACAUAUUCUACUCUGCUAUAAUAAAUUGGUUCUCUGAUAAAUGCAUAAACAGUUCUAACAAAUCGGUGUUCAGUCAGAUUUUUCAACUUAAAUUGUCAGAAAUGCUUUUGGAUGUUCAACAGUUUAAAACUCAGCUCUAUGUCAAGAAACAUUAUCCACUAAAGGAUGGUGUAAAUGCUUUGGAGGUGGUUAGAAAGACGUGAGUAAUUCAUCUUAAUUAACAAGCUCUGCCCGAGCCUGUUCAGUCUCAUUAACUCACUUUUAGCGGCUUUAAAAACACGGCGUGUUCUUUUGGGCCCAAUUUGUAUAUGGUUAUUGAUUCAUUACAACUAUAAAAUAUAUAUAAUGGAGUAGCAAGUGAAAUAAAAUAUAAGGAAGUAAAUGGGAAAAUUAAAUUAAAGGGGCACUCCACUGUUUAAUUCAUCAAAUUGAGUUUAUUUGUUUAUUAGUAAUAAGGACUACUACUACACUAUCUUAGUGUAGACUUAGAAAUGGCACAUUUAUAACUGGCAACCUGUGUUACAAACUUGAACUGUGGGGUUUAAGAUGCUAAUGAGAUGCAUUGUGGGAAAUGUAGGAUUUAGUGUGUUGAAGCUUGAGCCAUAUUAGAGACUAAGAUAUCUCACAAUCUACUGCUUUUAUUUUUUACUUUAUUUUUCUUAUCUGCCUCCUGUAAGUCGCCCAACUUAACAGAAUUGCAACACUAAGUCACGGGAGUAUCUGCUUAACAGUCUGAGCCCCUUUAACAUUAUUGCAACGCUCAUGUAACGAGAUGAACUGGUCAUCAAACAUGGUGCCGACAUUGCAAAGUCAUCAUUAGAAGAUAAUGGAUCAUAUGAAAAAGAUAUCCAUGUGAUGUGUUAACACAUAGAGCUACAGAGUCUUUACCAGCUACUUAAGCAAUAACUACAGGCUGAAACAAUUGAAGAACAUACUGUCAAAUGUUUACCAUCCCAGCACUUGUAGAAAUCCACAUCAUCAUUUACAGGACCUCUGGAUCUCAUCAUCACACACCCAAAUCCUUCAGACACUGAUUACAUUUUCUUUCGUGUCAAAAAUAUUUGUUUACUAAAUUGAAUGAUUUUUUUAUGUAAUAAAGAGGCUUCAGUCUGACAGC